AUGGCGCCAACAUCACAUUUACCCCUAUUUGGUGGUGUCAGAGCAUGGACCCCAAGCGAUUGGACCUCCUCCGACGACCGUGUACGUGGCGGUGCCUCACAAUCAGAGCUUACUUGCUCCCCGUCGUCUCUUAUUGCAAAAUUCCAUGGGAAUCUUGACAUAAAUGCCCUUGGCGGUGCAGGCUUUGCGUCGCAGCGAACCACAGGCGAGGACCGCACGUGGGAUCUUUCCGCCUACGACGGAAUUGAAUUGGUCAUCGACCGCGCGGAUGACAAGCUUUACACAUUUACGAUUAAAGAUGAAAUCUUGCCAAAGCGGCCAGAUGGCCGGGAACGCAGCUCAGUGAGCUGGGAAUUUGAUUUCCGAGCGUCGGGGCGGAAGACCAUCAUUAUUAAGUGGAAUGAUUUUCGACCCACGUAUCGUGGAAAGGACGAAAAGGGAGUUGAGCCGCUAGACUUGAAGAAUAUCAAGAGGUUUGGAAUUAUGGUGAGAAGCUUUUUCGGGGAGCAGCAGGGGUCCUUCUUCCUCAAUGUUGUUUCUAUCGCGGCUCUGCGGACAGAUCGAUAUAUGGAUGAGCCGGCUGAAGAUGGCGAUGGAUUGAUUAAUGAAAAGCAGAUUCAUGAGGUGUUUUCUUGGCCCGCUCGGAGACGUGGGUGGUUUGCCUGGUUGACCUCAUGUCUUGGACUCUAA